AUGGAAUUCACCAUCUCCAAAUGCGUGGCCGAAGAGCCCUCCAAGUUAUCCACAAAGUCAGCGGGAAGGAAAAGCGCGACUACAACGAACAAGAUUAUCGGACUUUUGCUUAUUCUCUCUGUCUUCGGCGUCGGCCGAAAGAUCCAGACGCAGUACUUCCCGCGAGAGGCUGUAGGGAACAUGGACACCACUUAUAAAGGGUCAUGGGAAACAGCCCUAGACGACUUUGUCACGCCAGAGACUGCUCAAGCUCUUGAAAACGACGUCAAACUUCGGCGAAGCAUUCUCGCCAUGGUCGACUUCACUGCAGACAUGUCCAAUAUUUUGGCGACCCGUUACGCGUCUCCUGAACUGCACGAGGCAACCGAGAUUCUGCAGGCCUACCGUAUAAAAUGCUUCGAAGCGUUCCCGAAUGCGAAGCCGCCGCUAUUGAGAAGCGCCAACUGCCCUCACUCGGCAAUCUAUUCGAUUGCUGCCAAGGUGGCGUCUGAUAACAAGAUGGAAGCCACUGGCUUAAACCCUACCAUUCAGAAUCUCGGCGUUGGCCUUACCUCGAGCUUGCUUGGCGCUGUCAAUGUUUCAUCCCUCGCUUCUGGCAUUGACGUGCAGCCACUCGUCAUGUCACUUGCUCAGGGUCUUGGAAACGGCACUGUUGCUGGCCUAAAUCUCAAUCCCGCAUCACCCAUGUUGAUGGUCAGCAAUGAAACAAGCCUUGCCAAUAUCGCUGGUACCCUUGGCUUCGGCUUGACGCAAUCGGUCACCUCAAAUAUCGACACCAAAGCCAUUAUUGGCUCACUGAACAACCCCAAUAACACGGCCGCCAUCAUGAAAAACCUUCCAGACGCCGCCGCGGGCAUUGGCAGAGGUCUAGGAGAGGGUGCAGCCGUUGGCCUCGGCCUUCAGGCAAGUAUGCCUGUUCCCAUGCGCCAGAUGCCCGACGGCGCAAUCGACAUUCUUGGUGUUUCGCAAACAUUUACUAAGGAGCUGACGGCUAGCUUCUUGCAAAAUGGUACAGCUUCAAAGCUAUCUGGCAUGCUUGGCGGUUCCAUGGGCAUGCAGCCUCCUGCCAACAAUGCUGGUGGCAUCCCCAGUACCAUUUCCAUCAACGGGCAGAAUGUUGAGAUCAGCCGUGUUGCCCAAGGUUUUGCCAGUGGACUACUGCAAGGUGCAGGCGACACCAUCCAAGGCAUGGGAGGCGUUCAAGCCCUGGUCGAUUCUAGCUCCAACACGCAGACAGGAAACGCGCGCAUGGGCGCCAUGCCCCCUACGCAAGUUCAAUUCGACGACGGCAUAGGUGGUGCUGCAGCUGGCCUUGGAGCUGGCAUCGGUGGCCAAGGUGUUUUGCUGGUUUCAAUGCUCAUCACCAACCCUACGGGCACCCCGGCGGUCCCUGCGCCCCCUUCAGCUGUACCAGCGCCUGGGCUUCCAGCUCCAGACAUGCAAGUCCCGGCUGCACCGGCUCCCGGCAAUAUGCCCUCCCUCCCGGCACGUUGGCGCAGGGGCCUCGGGCUAGCCUCCCGACAGGACCCCUCUGUCAAUGUUGACACGUCAAAAGGCUUCAACCUGUCUGUCAUCAUAAAUGCGCAGACUGUUUCAUCAGCGGCUCAGGGGGGCAUCGAUGCCCUGACGUGCCAGGGCGUGGGCGGUGGCCUCGGCAACAUCUUGCUUGGCUUAUUCCGAAGCAAGACCAUCUCGACAGGCUCUCUGAACAACGAUAAUACUACAGAAACAAUCCGGCAGGUGAUUCCUACGGGAAUCAUCAAGAUCAAGAACGAGGGGAACACGUACGCUGUCGAUGGCAGGGUCAUUCGCGAAAGCUUCAGCAAUAACAUACUUGGCGCCGUCAAUGGCAUUGAAAUUAAUGGCAUGAAGCUGGCCGCCUGGAUUGCUUUCAUUGUCAUCCACAUCUUGUUCGCCAUCAUUGCCUUCGUCAAUGUUUUACCCAUCGCGCUCGGCCUCGAGAGCAUGCGUAGUCUGUUGCAUAGAGCCAACCUUCCUCAUAUCCUGCCGAAGAUCCCCAAGUGGAACAAUAUCUUGUGGUUAUUUGUUAUUGCCCCUUCAAUUCUUAUCGUUUUCGUUUUCGGCGUCGUCCUCUAUGGCAACACGCGCCACUUCCGUACCGCUCAUGGAAUCAUCAGUCUUAUUACAACCCUCGUGGGAAUUGCGGCCGUGGCGCUUCACAUUCUUGUCAUGGUCAGAUCGCCGCCUCAGAGCAUCGGCGAACGUCUCCCUCAAGGCCUUCUCAGCCUCCCCAACGUCCGCAACAUUGUCAAUCAAGUUUUCCUUUUUUUAGCCGUGGCCUCCGCCAUGACUGGCUUCGCAGACCUCAGCUCCGUUGCACUUUGCCUGACGCAGAUCAUUCCCUUCGACAUUGCGCUUAGUGUAGGCUUCGGCUUAUCGACGCCAUUUGCUCUAGGGUCCUCCGUCAUCGGUCUUGAAGCGUACCUGACCUUCCGCGAGGCUCGGAUGAAGAAGAAAGCCUUGAAGAAUGGCAGCAAGAACGAGGAAGUUGUUAUUGUGAAGCUUGCCAGUGACGGAUCUGAGAUGAUUUAA